GUAGACGUAACCACCUGGCCUACUUAUCAGAUAGCAUUUGCUGGCAACAACGGAGUCGGCUGUGCUGUCAAGGAAUGUUCUGAUAAAGUUCUGGUAGCUUGUGACUACAAUUACGGGCCAGCUGAAGAUAUUCCUCCUUAUUUGAAACCGGAUGAAUACGAACAAUGCAAAGCCUCAAAAGAACUUCAGCAGUACUAUCGAUGCGGCAUAGAGGACGUAGAGAUAAAUAGUGCAUGA